UCAAAGAUCAAAAUUAUCAAGUCCAUGGCACCCUGGAUAAUAAACCUACUUCUACGGCCACUUCAGUUUUUGUUGUCUAUAAUCAUUCUAAUGUUUCUUUGUUCAUCUUGUACUUGUGCUACAAGUGAGGAAGCAGACGCCCUUGUGAAAUGGAAGGACAGCCUUGAUAUGAAUCCAACUACUCAUUCUCUUCUCAGCUCUUGGAGUCUCAAUUCCACCUCCUCGUUAUCAUCACCUUUUACUAAUUCAACUUCUCAUCAUCACUAUUAUGCCCCAUGCAACUGGGUUGGGAUUACUUGUAAUGACUUUGGAAGUGUCAUAGAGAUUAACCUUGCAAGCUAUAAUCUGAAAGGUACGCUUCAAUACUUCAAUUUCUCAUCCUUUCCAAACUUACUCACCUUUGUCCUAUACAACAACUCCCUUUAUGGAAGUAUCCCCUUGCACAUUGGCAACCUUUCCACACUCAAAUUUCUUGAUCUGGGGUUCAAUCAUCUGUCUGGAAACAUUCCUUCCCAAAUAUGCCUUUUGACAAGAAUAAAUUUCCUUGCUUUGUCUAACAAUUAUUUAAAUGGCUCUAUACCACCUCAAAUAGGGAUGUUGAUGUCUCUUCAAGAGUUUCUUGCUGAUAGUAACAAUCUCUCAGGUUCAAUUCCUGUGUCCAUUGGAAACUUGAGCAACUUAACCACUUUGGAACUUAGUAGAAACAAAAUAACUGGAUCCAUCCCUUUUGAGAUUGGACAACUUAAAUCACUCACUCUGCUUUAUCUGUAUGAUAAUUAUCUAAGUGGUUCAAUUCCUAUUUCCAUUGGAAACUUGAGCAGCUUAACCGAAUUGAGCCUUUGUGAAAACAAAAUAAACGGAUCAAUCCCCAGUGAGAUUGGACAGCUUAAAUCACUCACUCUCCUUUCUUUAUGUGAUAACCAUUUGAUUGGUUCAAUUCCCGUUUCCAUUGGAAACCUGAGCAGCUUAACAACUUUUUUUCUUGAUGGAAAUAAGAUAAUAGGAUCCAUCCCUCCUGAAAUUGGAAAGCUUAAAUCACUCGUUCAGCUUUUAUUGUCUAGAAACCAUAUUACUGGUUCAAUUCCUACAACCAUUGGAAGCCUUGAAUCGCUUGCGAACUUCAGUAUGUUCAAUAACAAAAUUACAGGAUCCAUCCCUCUAGAAAUGAGCAACCUUACAAAUCUGGAAAGAUUACAAUUAACCAAAAAUUUCUUGUCCGGCUAUCUACCAGAUAGUAUUUGUUUAGGUGGGAAGCUUAGAUGGUUUGGAGCAAGUUGUAACAACUUUAGAGGUUCCAUUCCAAAAAGCAUAAGAAACUGCAGUUCAUUAGUCCACCUUUCAGUUGUAGGAAAUCAACUAAGAGGAAAUAUAUCUGAAGAAUUCGGAGUAUACCCAAACCUGGUUUAUAUGGACUUGAGUGACAAUAAUUUUUUUGGAGAACUUACUAGAAGCUGGGGACAAUGUCCAAAACUCACAAUGUUGAACAUCUCUAAUAAUAAAGUUUCUAGUAGAAUACCUCCUGAACUUGGAAACGCUACUCAAUUGCAGAAACUUGACCUCUCUUUUAACCUUCUUGAAGGUAAAAUUCCUAGAGAAUUGGGAGAAUUGAAAUUGUUAUACAUUCUCAAGCUCAAAAAUAAUUACCUUUCUAGCAAUGUUCCUGCAGAAAUUGGAAUGAUAUUGAACCUUGAAACGCUUGACUUUGCAGCCAACAAAUUGAGUGGACCAAUUCCCAUGCAGUUGGAACAAUGCUUAAAACUACUCCAUUUGAGCUUGAAGAAUAAUAAAUUCAGUGGGAGCAUUCCCUUCCAAAUUGGGAAUCUGCAGUCCCUCGAAAAUCUUGAUCUAAGUCAAAAUUUGCUUUCAGGAGAGUUGCCCUUAGAGCUUGGUCAUUUGGAUAAGCUAGAAACAUUUAACAUCUCACACAACAUCCUGUCAGGCUCAAUACCAUCCACGUUUAAAGAAUUGAUAAGCUUGACAUCUAUUGAUAUAUCCUACAAUCAGUUAGAGGGUUCUCUCCCCCAUGUCAAAGCUUUCACUGAAGCUUCAAUUCAAGCAUUGCAAGAUAAUAAAGAGUUGUGCGGCAACAACAUUGGCUUGAAACCUUGCCCCGUACCAAAAGAUAAAAAUAGAAAUCAAGUUGUAAUUCUAAUCAUAGUAUCCAUCUCCGGCACUCUAUUUUUAUCAUUUAUCAUUGUUGGGAUACUUUUUAUUUGCCAAAAAAGAAUCAGGAACAAGGAAGAACCAAGAGAAACAGUUACUGAAGCUUUCUUUGCUGAAUGGAACCAUGAUGGGAAAAGAGUUCAUGAAGAAAUAGUUGAAGCCACUGAGAAUUUUGAUUCCAAAUAUUGCAUUGGAGUUGGAGGGAAUGGAAGUGUUUUUAAAACAGUGCUAUCAACAGGUCAAAUUGUUGCAGUGAAAAAGUUCCAUAAGAAUGGUGGAACACCCAAUCAAGAAGCUUUCAAAAGUGAGACAAGUAUUUUGCCAAAAGUGCGCCAUCGGAAUAUCAUCAAGCUUUUUGGAUUUUGUUCUCAUACAAGAUACUCAUUUUUGGUAUAUGAGUUCAUGGAACAGGGAUGUUUAGCCAAGAUAUUGAGCGAUAAUGAAAAGGCGAUGGAGUUGGAGUGGACGAAGAGAGUGAAUAUUGUCAAAGGUUUAGCAAAUGCCAUAUCCUAUAUGCACCAUGAAUGUUGCCCAGCUAUAGUCCAUAGAGACAUAUCAAGUAAAAACAUUCUGUUGGAUGAUGAAUAUGAAGCACACAUUUCCGACUUCGGUUCAGCUAGAAUAUUUGAUCCUGAGGAAUCGAAUUGGACUUCAUUUGCAGGAACAUUUGGAUACUCAGCACCCGAGCUUGCUUACACAAUGGAAGUAAGUCAAAGGAGCGAUGUGUACAGCUAUGGAGUUGUAACAUUGGAAUUGAUCAUGGGAAAACAUCCAGGAGACAUUCUCUCAUCUCUUUUAAUGUCACCAUCACCAGUUGAUGAUGAUCAAAUUAUGCUUAUGGAUGUACUGGAUGAACGUCUCUCACCUCCAAGAAUAAAAAUAGCAGACCAAGUGGUAUGCAUCGCAAAGCUAGCAUUUGCAUGUCUCAAUCCAAUUCCCGAGUCUCGGCCAACAAUGAAGCAAGUUUCUAGGAAGCUGUCAACUUCACCAUCACCAUUAUCAGAGCCUCUUCAUAUGAUUACAUUAAAGCAACUCUUUUGAUCUCCCAACAUCUACAUCCUAAAUAGCUGCACUUCCUCCAUAGGUAGAUGUACCUAUAUAUUGCUUGUUGCUCCAGUGCCUUAAUAGUUAGAAGGGAAGGAGUAAUUUUCUGUCUUCACAAUUGAUUUUCCUAUGUAAAAAUGAUUUAGUUUUAAACAAAUCUUUCAGUUAGUGGAGGAAUUACUCUGACUAGUUAGCACAAUUUAUUUUUGUAAU